AUGUCAGGCUUUCGGAUGGUCACUGUUGCUGUUGGCGGGUUAGUGUAUUACUGCCCUCGGACUCAUCGCUGUCGAGAACUUGUUUAUCUUGGUUGCAAUGGCAAUGAAAACCUGUUCAGUAAUUACACAGUCUGUCUGGCCUCCUGCAUGCCAGAAGAGAUGGAGAAGCAGGAACAAAUGAUGCGAGCUCGGUCUGCCUCGAUGUUGCAACGCGAUUUGAGCCAGUCCAAGGAACCCCAAAAGGUAGUCUGA